AACGGGGCGUGGCAGGGCUGACUCGCGGGCUGCUCGGGACUCCCUGCACCCCGGAACGCGGGGUCGGGGGGUCGGGAGGCGGCAGGGCGCGGGAGAUGGCGGCGCGAUGGAGCAGCGAGAACGUGGUGGUGGAGUUUCGUGACUCCCAGGCGACCGCCAUGUCCGUGGACUGUCUCGGGCAGCACGCAGUGCUUUCCGGCCGCAGAUUCCUCUACAUCGUUAAUCUCGAUGCCCCUUUUGAAGGUCACCGGAAGAUCUCUCGCCAGAGCAAGUGGGACAUUGGCGCCGUGCAGUGGAAUCCUCACGACAGCUUUGCACACUACUUUGCAGCUUCUAGUAACCAGCGGGUGGACCUGUAUAAGUGGAAGGACGGCAGCGGGGAGGUGGGCACCAGCCUCCAGGGCCACACUCGUGUCAUCAGCGACCUGGACUGGGCAGUGUUUGAGCCUGAUCUCCUGGUCACCAGCUCCGUGGACACCUACAUCUACAUUUGGGAUAUCAAAGACACCAGGAAACCUUCCGUCGCCCUGUCCGCCGUAGCGGGCGCCUCCCAGGUCAAGUGGAAUAAAAAAAACGCCAAUUGCCUGGCCACCAGUCAUGACGGUGACGUGCGCAUUUGGGACAAGCGGAAACCCAGCACGGCCGUAGAGUACCUCGCCGCCCACCUCUCCAAGAUCCAUGGCCUGGACUGGCACCCAGACAGCGAGCACAUCCUGGCAACCUCCAGCCAGGACAACUCUGUCAAGUUCUGGGAUUACCGCCAGCCCCGGAAAUACCUCAACAUCCUGCCUUGCCAGGUGCCCGUGUGGAAGGCCAGAUACACACCCUUCAGCAACGGGCUGGUGACGGUGAUGGUCCCCCAGCUGCGGAGAGAAAACAGCCUCCUCCUGUGGAACGUCUUUGACCUCAACACCCCGGUCCACACGUUCGUCGGGCACGAUGACGUGGUGCUGGAGUUCCAGUGGCGGAAGCAGAAGGAAGGCUCCAAGGACUAUCAGCUGGUCACAUGGUCCCGGGACCAGAGCUUGCGAAUGUGGCGCGUGGACUCGCAGAUGCAGAGGCUCUGCGCCAACGACAUCCUGGACAGCGUGGAGGACUUCAUCGAGAGCAUGUCCCUGCUGCCGGAGCCCGAGAAGCCCCUGCAGGCCCCAGACCCCGACCAGCAGCACAGCUCGGGCCACGGGGAGGAGGAAGCCUUGAAGGAAGACCCCCCAAGCAGCCUCCUAGAGGAGAAGAAAAGUGACCAGGCCGGCCUGUCGCAGACUCUGCAGCAGGAGUUCUCGCUCAUCAACGUGCAGAUCCGCAAUGUCAAUGUGCAGAUGGCCGCUGCCGACAGGAGCUGCACAGUGUCCGUGCACUGCAGCAACCAUCGCGUGAAGAUGCUGGUGAGGUUCCCUGCGCAGUACCCGAACAACGCUGCCCCGUCCUUCCAGUUCAUCAACCCCACCACCAUCACGGCCACCAUGAAAGCCAAGCUGCUGAAGAUCCUGAAGGACACGUCCCUGCAGAAGGUGAAGCGGAACCAGAGCUGCCUGGAGCCCUGCCUGCGCCAGCUGGUCUCCUGCCUGGAGUCCUUUGUGAACCAAGAAGACAGUGCUUCCAGCAACCCCUUCGCGCUCCCCAACUCCGUCACCCCACCCUUACCGACCUUCGCCCGGGUCACCACCGCCUAUGGGUCUUACCAGGACGCCAACAUCCCCUUUCCAAGGACAUCUGGGGCUCGGUUCUGUGGGGCAGGGUCCCUGGUAUACUUCACAAGGCCCAUGACAAUGCACCGAGCAGUGUCUCCGACGGAGCCUACUCCAAGGUCCCUCUCGGCCUUGUCUGCCUAUCACACUGGCUUGAUCGCGCCCAUGAAGAUCCGCACGGAGGCCCCCGGGAACCUGCGCCUGUACAGCGGCAGCCCCACCCGCAGCGAGAAGGAGCAGGUCUCCGUCAGCUCCUUCUACUACAAGGAGCGGAUGUCUCCACGCUCCGCCCGGCGGCGUUGGUCCAUACAAGCGGUCAGCGACUUCCCGAAAUCAAGGAGGUGGAAGAGUAAGCGUGAGGGGUCGGACUCCGGCAACCGCCCCAUCAAGGCUGCCGGCAAGGUGGUCAUCCAAGACAUUGCCUGCCUGCUUCCGGUUCACAAGUCGCUGGGAGAACUUUAUAUAUUGAAUGUGAAUGACAUUCAGGAGACCUGCCAGAAGAAUGCCACCUCUGCCUUGCUGGUGGGCAGGAAGGACCUUGUCCAGGUUUGGUCGCUGGCCACAGUCGCUACAGACCUUUGCCUUGGUCCGAAGUCUGACCCAGAUCUGGAGACACCCUGGGCGCGACAUCCGUUCGGGCGACAGCUGCUGGAGUCCCUGUUGGCUCAUUAUUGCCGCCUCCGGGACGUCCAGACGUUGGCGAUGCUCUGCAGUGUGUUUGAAGCCCAGUCUCGGCCUCAGGGAAUCCCCAACCCCUUCGGGCCCUUCCCCAGCCGCUCCUCUAACCUCGUGGUGUCACACAGUCGCUACCCCAGCUUUACGUCCUCUGGCUCCUGUUCGAGCAUGUCCGACCCAGGGCUCAACACCGGCGGCUGGAACAUAGCGGGCAGAGACACGGAGCACACAUCCUCCCCCUGGGGAGAGUCUUCGCCGGAAGAGAUCCGCUUCGGGAGCCUGACCUACAGUGACCCCCGCGAGCGGGAGCGUGACCAGCAUGACAAAAACAAAAGGCUGCUGGACCCCGCCAACACGCAGCAGUUUGACGACUUCAAGAAGUGCUACGGGGAGAUCCUGUACCGCUGGGGGCUUCGGGAGAAGCGCGCCGAAGUGCUGAAGUUCGUGUCCUGCCCACCUGACCCGCACAAAGGAAUCGAGUUCGGGGUGUACUGCAGCCACUGCCGCAGCGAGGUCCGGGGCACGCAGUGUGCCCUCUGCAAAGGCUUCACCUUCCAGUGCGUCAUCUGCCACGUGGCCGUGCGGGGCUCCUCCAAUUUCUGCCUGACCUGCGGCCACGGCGGCCACACCAGCCACAUGAUGGAGUGGUUUCGGACCCAGGAGGUGUGCCCAACCGGCUGUGGUUGCCACUGCCUGCUGGAAAGUACUUUCUGAACAUCCAGCACGGACGCUGCAGAGGCCUCCAGAGUCCCCUGGGUCCAGAGAAGGGCACCAGGCCCCAG